ACCUGGGCCGCGUGACCCUCUCGGGUUUCCCUGGGGCUGUGUCCGCGGAGCCGCUCCUUCCGGCGCACAGCCAUGGCGCCGAAGUGGAACUUGCUGCCACUUCUAGGGCUGCUGCUGCUUGGCCCAGCCGUUGUGGGCGGCUGCAGCCCUCUGCCCCUGGUCCUCAACACUUGGCCUUUUAAGAAUGCAACGGAAGCAGCAUGGAGGACACUAACAUCUGGAGGUUCUACUCUGGAUGCAGUUGAGAAUGGCUGUGCUGUAUGUGAGAGAGAGCAGUGUGAUGGCACUGUAGGCUUUGGAGGAAGUCCUGAUGAAUUUGGAGAAACCACGCUGGAUGCCAUGAUCAUGGAUGGCACUACUAUGGAUGUAGGAGCAGUAGGAGAUCUUAGACGAAUUAAAAAUGCUAUUGGUGUGGCACGAAAAAUACUGGAAUAUACAACACAUACACUUUUAGCAGGAGAGUCAGCCACCAAAUUUGCUGAAAGUAUGGGGUUUACCAAUGAGGAUUUAUCUACCAAUGCUUCUCGAACUCUUCAUUCAGAUUGGCUUGCUCGUAAUUGCCAGCCAAAUUAUUGGAGGAAUGUUAUACCAGAUGCUUCAAAAUACUGUGGACCCUACAAGCCACGUAGUAUCUUAAAGCAAGAUGGUCCUACCUAUAAAGAAACAGGAGAUAAUUACGGUCAUGAUACUAUUGGCAUGGUUGUAAUCCAUAAGACAGGACAUACUGCUGCUGGUACAUCUACAAAUGGUAUAAAAUUCAAAAUACAUGGUCGUAUAGGAGAUUCGCCAAUACCUGGAGCUGGAGCCUAUGCUGAUGAUACUGUGGGAGCAGCUGCAGCCACUGGGGAUGGUGAUAUACUGAUGCGCUUCCUACCAAGCUAUCAAGCUGUAGAAUAUAUGAGAACAGGAGAAGAUCCGACCAUAGCUUGCCAAAAAGUGAUUUCAAGAAUUCAGAAGUAUUUUCCAAACUUUUUUGGGGCUGUUAUAUGUGCCAAUGUGACUGGAAGUUAUGGUGCUGCUUGUAAUAAACUUCAAACAUUUACUCAAUUUAGUUUCAUGGUUUAUAAUUCUCUAAAAAAUCAACCAACUGAGGAAAAAGUAGAUUGCAUCUAAUCCAUCUUUGUCAGCAUCUGUAUUUAGAAAAGAAAGCAUCAAGGCUGAAAAGGUUACUAUGAACAUAUACUGUACCAUAUGUGUUCUGAAUUCCUUAUUUAAUUUAAGCACAAAAAUAAAUGUAUGCAGAAGUGUCGCUUUCACUUCCUUAUCUGAAAUUUACCUAUUAUCUGUUUUUGUGUAAGCUAUUGUAUAUCCCCUAAAAAUGAAUAUGUGUAUUUUGUAUAUAGUUAAAUUUUAAGUGAUAUUGUGUUUCUGAUUGAUGUUUCAAGAAAUUCUUCUUUGGGGAUUUUUUUCCUCAGUAAUAUAUUAAAGCUAAAGAAAUCAUCUAUAUCCAAAUUUGGAUAAAGUAAGUACCGUAUCCAAGGUUUCUAGGCCCAAAUACAAAAGUAACAAUGAAUUACAGCAUGAUUAGUCCUCAUUAAAUUUCAGUAUAUUGCAGUGAUACAUCUCUUAUCACUGAUUAUUAGUUUACAUAUGUUCCCUAAUAACUUGAAGGGAGAAGGAUGGUAUUAAUAAAGAUGUUUUUUAUUUUGCAUAUAACAGAAAAUAAAGGUAAUCUUAUGCUGAGCAAUUGUGUUGAUUUUCUUUAGUUUCUUCUUCUGAUGGAGCUCCGAUGUAUGAGCAUUCAUAAGCCUCAGAAAUCUCUACAAUAUUGCUAAUAUUUUCUGUUGAUAAUUUAUUUUGGAAAUAACUUAGGGAACUUGAUUUAUACUAUGAUUUUACUAACCUCUUAUGUAGAGGUAGGGGAUUUUAAAUAGAAGUAAAUUAAUAAACUUGUCACCUAUCUUGGUACUGUUUUCCUAAGUUUUGAACCAACUGUAUCUCUAGAAGUUUUAUGUGUGCUCUUCUGAGCAUCAUUUUCCUUCAAAAUCAUUAUCUUUUAGAUCAGGAGUCAUUAAUAAAAUUCUGUAUAUGGUAUAGUCCUCAAA